AUGUGCGCCCGGGUUUGGACUGCGAGUGCUGGCGCCACCGAGCUGAAGCUGGGCCGAGUGCUUUUGAACCGCAUGGUGCCGAAACAAGGGCUCUUCAAUCCAUACACGCUCUCCGGAAACAUCGUGGUGAAUGGUGUUGCAGCCAGCGCACACAGCAGCUGGGUUCUGGAUCACUUUGUGCCAGAGGCUCUGACGAAGUAUUUGCCAGCGACCUACCAAUCGAUUUUUGUGGUUGGGCGUUGGAUCUACAGUGUCUUUGGUGCCUGCGCUGCUGACGUGAUCGGAGUGAACAACCCGCAGGAACAGACACCAUGGUCCGCAUAUGCAGUAGCCUUGAGUUCCAUUUUUGUUGCCAGCUCUCCUGUUGUAGUGGCUGUGUUUCUGAAAUCGCGUUCAGGCAAGCUCUGAAGGAUUUGUGACAAACUUCUGGAGAGCUCUGAUUGUUGAAUUUCAGUUUUAGCUUACAUCACUUGGAGAUCUCCAUACAUGCAAGCUCGGAAAUAGCUUCUUCCCCCUGCUCCGAGCCAAUCGUUUCAAAA